AUUUUCUGGACGGCGCCCUCUAUCCGAUCCUCCAAAAGUCGGGAUGCCGCUGGAACUCGUCGUUCCGUAAUUUUCUUCGUCAUGACUUCCGUAGGAAUACGUAACUUAGUUUUCCUCGUGAUUAUCUUUUCGAGUCGCGUCGACUGUCGAUGGGUGGCUCCUCUUUCGCCCCUCGGCGAUGUCGUCCAAAUUCGGAGCCCCUCGAAUUGUUCCGAUCCCCCUCUCGAUCCCGACCAACGUCUUUGGAGGGAAGAUCCUCGAGGCGUUCGCACCGAUUUGAACCUCGGAAACAUUGCCUGCCAUCUCGAAUCCACUUGUCCUCAUAUGACGAAUCUGACGGAAGAAUUUAAGAAUGCCGCAUCUCCACCCCUCAAAGUGGAAUUACAAGAAAGUGACGGACUGGUAUUGUCAGUGAAUCGGGUGUUCGACAGCGAUUUCGUUAACGAGACUAACGUCACCGUUACUCUUCACAUGGUGUCGACGCACGAAUCGGAAUUGUGCGAUUCCUCUCCUCUUCCAUCCGAAACACUGGCCAAGUGGACUCUCGAUCUUCCGGGAAACGUCACCUUCGACACGGAAUUACUUCCUCCGGGCAUACACAUCUUAAGAGUUCAAGCGACGAUACCCGGAAUUGAGUGUACCGCUUCUUGGACCCUUAACGUCACACUCAGUAGUUCCGAGUGUAUUCGCUUACCCGGAGCGGAAGUAUGUUCCGGAAUAGGAGCUUGUGUCAUCGAUUCCUCUAAGAUUGCCUGCCAUCUCGAAUCCACCUGUCCUCAUAUGACGAAUCUGACGGAAGAAUUUAAGAAUGCCGCAUCUCCACCCCUCAAAGUGGAAUUACAAGAAAGUGACGGACUGGUAUUGUCAGUGAAUCGGGUGUUCGACAGCGAUUUCGUUAACGAGACUAACGUCACCGUUACUCUUCACAUGGUGUCGACACACGAAUCGGAAUUGUGCGAUUCCUCUCCUCUUCCAUCCGAAACACUGGCCAAGUGGACUCUCGAUCUUCCGGGAAAUGUCACCUUCGACACGGAAUUACUUCCUCCGGGCAUACACAUCUUAAGAGUUCAAGCGACGAUACCCGGAAUUGAGUGUACCGCUUCUUGGACCCUUAACGUCACACUCAGUAGUUCCGAGUGUAUUCGCUUACCCGGAGCGGAAGUAUGUUCCGGAAUAGGAGCUUGUGUCAUCGAUUCCUCUAAGGUUGUAUUCACGUGUCAGUGUUGUCCGGGUUACGUAGGAAGAUACUGCGAAGAGAGAGACGGUUGUUACGAUAAUCCGUGUCUUCACGGUGGCUUUUGCGUCGACAUAACCGAAGGUUUAAACGGAAACACCUAUCAGUGUCUGUGCCCUCACGGUUACAGCGGAGCCAAAUGCGAAGAGAUGCUGAAUCAAUGCGAUCGAAAUCCUUGCCUGAACGACGGGGUGUGCCAAGGGAACCAGACUUGGUACAAAUGCCUAUGCCCGUCGGGAUACACGGGACGAGAUUGCGAAACCAACAUGGACGAAUGCAUUUCCAACCCCUGCGUUCACGGAGUGUGCGAAGAUGGAGUGGGAACUUACAAAUGCUAUUGUUUACCCGGAUACGGUGGCGAUCAUUGCGAAUUCGAGUACGACGAAUGCGAUUCCAGUCCCUGUAUCAACGGAGGUGUUUGCGAAGAUCUAGUCGCCGGUUACAGAUGCCAUUGCGGUCCCGGUUAUCAAGGACGACGUUGCCAAAUUAAGUUGGAUCUGUGUCAGCCUAACCCGUGCCCGUCUCCAGCUCAGUGCGUCGAUCGAGGCAACAAUUACAGUUGCAUCUGCCAUCCCGGUUUUAAUGUACCAGGCUGCACCCAACACUACGAUCCUUGUUAUCCUAAUCCGUGCCAAAACGGCGGAAGUUGUUGGCCAAGUUUAGAUUCCUUCUUCUGUUCUUGCCGUCCCGGAUAUACUGGAGACAGUUGCGAAGAACGAUACCUCGACCAAUCUCUGACACGUACUGCCGAGGACACGUCCGUUCAUCGUGGAGGAGAUGCGGUGGGACCAGUUAGUGUGCCACUGGAUCAUUUGCAUAAUAUAUACAUAGCGGCAGCCACGUUAGCGGGCGCUUGUCUGAUAGUAGUGGCAGUAGUCACCGCCUGCCAUUGUAGAGUACACAAAACGUACAGGCACAUCACCAACAAGUUGGGCCGACAAGGGAACGAAAAUCAAUAUAAACUCGAAGACCCAGUCAAAUUUCUGUGGACCCACCGUGGCAGCGCUUUUGAAGACGGAAGUGACGGAACCAGAACUCCUCUCAUCGGCUAACUAUUUUUCGUCGUCCCAGCUUUCGUCCGGUCCCGGAUGUAGCCACGCCCACGUGUGUCGGAUGUACUUAGUCCAGAAAAAACUCGUCCCUCCAUUUGUCUGCUUUUACAGGUUUUUUUAAAAAAAAAAAAAAAACUCGAGUCUCGGAAUGCGAUUCGUUAACCGAAUACAUUCUAGUCGCAUAGCUACUAACUUAUGUGUUUUCGAGUAGAGAUCAGACAGAACACGAACAACUAAAUUAUACAUUUAACCGAUAAAACUUGGAUUUUGUGGUAGAAUUUUUACUCGAAGAGUCUAGAUUUAGAUUCUUUUCUAAAUUUUGCUUUUUAUUUUUUUAAUUUAUUUCUUAGUUAGAUGUUAAAUAACGUUAGACAAUCCGUCACUCGAAUGUUUGCCUACGAUUUAAAGAUGGCUUCCGAUGCGGCCAUUUUUCUAUUCCCUAAUUAGAUGUAGCCGUGAAUUAUAAUUAUCGUUUGCCAUUUUGUAAUCGUUGGUCUACGGUUGAUUUAUAUACAUAAUAUAUAAUACAAUACAUAUAUAUAUAUAUAUAUACGGAAGUAUUAUUUUAUACGAAUAUAAACACGAUUCUUUUCAGCUCACACUUCGAAUGGUGUAACGCUUUCUGUCCAUUGAUUUCUUACUAAUGCUUCUUCGCACACGAACUGUCCACGUUUUUAUCAUACGCCUAGAAGUGUGCCAUCGAUCGAUGUAUCAAAAUAUAUGAUUACGCUUGAUUCUUCAUCUUUUCUUUUUUUUUAAAAAAAAAAUUAGCUUUAACGGCAUGAUGACAAAUAAAGAAGUUCUUUAAUUUUAAAUGUCUUUCUGAUUAUCCAAUUUUCAAACACUAACAAGUUCUUCGGCACGUAUACAUUACAUUAAAUACGUUGCAAUAUGCCUAUACUGUAUUUGAUCGAUAAAUGGUAUGAUUGUCGGAAAUGUUACUGUAUAUAAUCGUGAUGGUAACAUUCUUUCUCCCUGACGAUUGAUGCCAAUGGAAAUCACUUCUUCGGCACUUCUAGCUGUAUAUAAACAAGUUUAAGGUACAUUUAUGGGUCAUUAGAGAGGUUGCGGCCGAAGUUUUCAUCUCUCAAACGUGAACGUCGAACGUCGAACACCGCUCGACGUUCGACGUUCACGUUUGCCGUUCACGUGCGGCGCUCGAGACAUCGCAUUGCCCACAGAGCCGGUCCUGUACAUAAAUUAUUACUUGUUUCUUGAAGUGUAAGCCUUGGCGAUAUACAUAGAACGUAGUUCUGCCGUGCACUUUCUUUCUUAUGUAUUAUAAUCCGAACAAUUUGCACAGAUAACCCCUUGUAUAAUAUGUAACUGUAUUCUUAAAUUUUUAGAAAUUAAAUAAAAUAAUGCACCAAGAUAAAAUUGUUAGAAAUAAAAUAGACAUUUUUCCAAA